UAAAUCUCUGAUUUCUUAAUUAACGCUGCUUGAGGUACUUACAGAAAAGAGAAUGGACGAGGUUUCUGAAAACCCCCGUGAUGCAAUGACACCUUAUCCCGAUUUGCCCGGUGAUUACCACAACUGGUCAUCCACAGUGAUCUUUUUUCAAGAAGUGAAAUCCUGUAUCAAUGUGCUUGCUCGGGAUUGUGACACUGGUUGUACGUACUAUGUUGUCAACAUCGGUUGGGACGAGUAUAUUCGUCUUGGGGAAGUUGCAUAUACUGCUGGUGACAGUAAAGUGUUUUUUAUUGGUAAUGCCGAAGGUCAUGAGGACCCGGCAAUUUUCUCUCAAGAAUGCAAAGUUUAUGAUAUUCCCAAGAGGCAGUGGCUGCUGGGCUACCCAAGGUUGAGAGCUUUCAUGCCCAAGCCAGUUAUGUUUUUUGUUGAUAUGCGGCUUUAUGUGCUUUCUAGUAGUAUGACCCGUAGACAUGCACACUUUGAGAUGCUGGAUAUCAAUAAUCUUUCCCGAGGUUGGCUUUCACUACCUGAACCCGCUUUUGUUUGGACAUGUGUAAGGGUCAGUAGCCAUCCUAUAAUUAUUGACUACUCCAAGAAGAUGCUGUACGUAGGUGAGUCUGACUGGGGUCUAUACACUUGCACUAGAACACUUUAUGCUUUCAGCUUGAAAGAUAAGAUUUGGCAUAAGUAUCGCCGUUCAAAAUCUUUGUCACCUUGCACCUGUAAUCUUAUGAAAGCCAGUUGGUCAAGUCGUUGUGUAAUUGUAGAAAAUCACUUGUACAAAUUCCGAGUGUACAAAUACACUGAGAAAUUUCAAGCUAUGCUAAUCAUCCGUAAUUUGGAGCAUAAUAUAAAGGUGUACAAUAAAGGAGUACAGCUCGAUUAUGUUGAUUAUAUUCACAGUUAUGGUGAUCCACCCAUCGAUGGAACAUAUGAGGUUGAUCUCUCCCGCAUUGUUGACCCUAAUGUGCUUCUGGAUAAGCAUGCCAAUGGCAAGCUAAUUUAUCUAGGAAAGAGGAAUUCAGACGGAAGGUUUUCUUUGGUUAUCCGGUACUCUGUAUUUAAUGACGUGCGUGACAGGAUUGGUCAAUAUGUGUAUACAUGCACGUUUGACCUGGAAUCAACAGAUGAAACUUUCUAUGUCAAGAAAGUUGGCAACUCAACCAACUCUUGUGCAGAAGAGUAUCACCGGUUGUUAGUAUCUACAUGCAUUUACUUGCUUCAGGGAAGCGAAAAAGUAGAAGAAGGGGGGGAGGAGGAGGAGGAGGAGGAGGAGGAGAAGAAGAAGAAGAAGAAGAAGAAGAAGAAGAAGAAGAAGAAGAUCGAGGGGAAGACGGAGGAGAAGAAGGAGAAGGGGGUCAGAAGCAUCAAGAGGAAGGACUUUUGUUUUUGGAAGGGGAAGGAGAAGGAGGUCAGAAGCCUCCAGGAGAUCAAGGUGAUCAUCAGAAAGGAGGAGGAGAAGAAGAAGAAGAAGUGGGAGAAGCAGAGGGAAAUCCGGGGUGAGAGGGAAAUCCGGCAGAUCGAGAGACGCAUCAGUGGAGUUUAUGGAUUAAGCAAAGAUAUUAAGCUGGUGGUGGAAGAAGCAAUAUAUUUUCAAAUUUCAGAUGCUUGGGACUAUACCAUUCUUGAAAAAGAGGAGAAGAAAGUAGGAUGUUGUUCACCUCAGUUUGAUGAUUAUUUAUCAGAAUCCUGUGACAAGACCUAUCUUGUUCUGGAUACUGCAACUAGUAAGCAGGUGCUUAUGACAGAUUUGCAUUGUGGGAUCUGCAAACUGUUGUUGUGCCGACCUGUAGUUCUUAAUUGUGGCCAUGGAGCUGAGGCCAAAGCUGCUGAUUGCAAAUCGCUACCUAAAUUUAAUCUUUCAACAUGGUUAAUGGGUGGAGGAUCAGUUCAUUAUGGAUUUGGUUGUGAUUGUUGUGGGGAUGGGCUCCACACCAUCCUUGGAGGAGUUGAGAAUUUGUUGUCAUUACAAAUAUUUGGCCAACUCGAGAUGGCUAGUGUGUUUAAUCAAAAAGGAAGGAAAUAG